CCUUGGGAACUUUGCAUGCUUGAAGCCAGCUAGCCUCUCGGACAACGAGGUGCUGCUGAGUAGGUACCUUUUCCAGUUGUCUACACAACGACCAGCAAAAUGCCGCGGGUCUAUAUUGGACGUUUAAGUUAUCAUGUCCGCGAAAAGGACAUUCAAAGAUUUUUCAGUGGAUAUGGAAAGCUCCUAGAAAUCGAUCUGAAAAAUGGGUACGGCUUUGUUGAGUUCGAUGAUAACCGCGAUGCGGACGACGCUGUGUAUGAACUCAAUGGCAAGGAGCUAUGUGGAGAGCGUGUUGUUGUUGAACAUGCUCGGGGACCUCGACGUGACCGCGAUUCAUACGGUGGGGGUUAUGGGGGUGGCGGUCGCAGUAGUGGUUACAGUAGCCGAAGCCGCAGUGGCAGGGAUAAGUACGGGCCACCCGUCCGUACGGAGUACAGGCUCAUUGUAGAAAACCUGUCAAGCCGCUGCAGUUGGCAAGACCUUAAAGACUUCAUGCGACAGGCAGGGGAGGUGACCUAUGCUGAUGCGCAUAAAGAACGCACCAAUGAGGGAGUUAUCGAGUUUCGUUCUCACUCCGACAUGAGAAGAGCGCUGGACAAGCUGGAUGGCACCGACAUCAACGGGAGGAAAAUCCGUCUGGUCGAGGACAAACCCCGCCGCCGCCGCUCCUACUCCGGCAGUCGCUCUCGGUCUCGCAGUCGCCGUCGUUCUCGUAGCAGGAGCCGCAGGAGCAGCCGUUCCAGGAGCCGAUCCAAAUCCCGCUCCAAAUCCCGCUCCAGGUCCCACUCCAGGAGGAGACGUUCCCGCUCUCGAUCUGGACGCAAGUCUCGUUCUAGAUCAGGACGCCAGUCUCGCUCAAAGUCCGACACCCGGAAAUCCAGCUCCCGCGCCAGGAAGUCUCGAUCCAGGUCCCGCACCCGGAAAUCCCGUAGCCAUUCUGCUAGUGGCAAAUCUCGCUCUCGCUCUGACAACAGGAAGUCACGAUCCAAAAGCCGCUCCAAGGUAAAGUCCGAGAGGGACUCCCGCAGUCGUUCCAACGAGAAGCCUGCCGCUAAGAAGUCCCGCAGCCGAUCACCAACCCCUGUGAAAAAUGGAAAGGAAGAAGAUGCCAAGUCAGCCUCAAGAUCCCCGUCCCCUGCUGCCGAAAAGAGCAUGUCGAAGUCUCCAGCACGGCGAUCAGCGUCCCGUUCUAAGUCCCGAUCCCCUGCUCGCUCGAAGUCUCCUUCCCGCUCACGAUCCCGUUCUCACUCUCGUUCCCGCUCCAGAUCUGCAUCCCAAGAUUAGAAUUGAGAGCUUGCAGUCUUGCUUUGUCCACAAUCUCUGUAGGGGUAAAUUGAAUUUGCUGACUGGUCCAUGUGAGGGCUUGUCAGAGCAUUUUUUGUUUUGUCCUGAUUUCAGUAUAUUCGGUUGUGUCCAGGUGCAUAUGUACAGUCUUCGCUUUAACUGGUAAUCUUAAAUAUUUUAUCCAAGGCAUGGCAUUGAUGAAAUCAGCUCAUGACUUUGAUUGGUGUAUAUGUUAGGAAUCAGGUUCUCGGUAUAGAACUGCCACAGCAGUACAUGCCGACCCCUGCAAUAUGAUCACAGCCUCUGUCUUUUUUUCUUUUCUUUUUUUUUGAUUUUCAGUUUUGAUUGGUGUUGGCAUGACGCUUGCUUCUUCAGAGGUAUUUGAUUGUAACAUUGUCAUUUUUUUUAUUAAAAUUUCUUACUAUUA